CAUGUUGGUGUAUAGCGUAGGCCAGUAACAGUCUCGACGUAAACAUCACCUGGAUAAAAUAUCAUUGUUUAUGAUUUUGUGGCCGUAUACUCUGUUAUAACUUCGUCUCGUCAAAUAAAAUGUUUUAAAUGUCAAGUUUUGAUUAUUUUUAUCUUGAUAUUUUGGGCGAAUCGGUUCUUUGUGUGACUCUAUUUCUAGUUUUUAUGACUUCUAUGACUAAUAAGUAAAUAGAAAAUAAUCAGAAAGUUGCCUUCAACAAAGAAACAACGAGUGUAUAAGAAAUGUAUAAAAACGGUCGUUGAAAAAAUCAUGAUAAUGAAAUUAUUACUUAUUCUACAUCGUGUUUCUACAGAGAUCAAUUUCUUCCAUAAUAUUAAUUUUUAUUUCGAUGAGUGACUCAUCGAAAGUAUAAAACUUGAAGUGCAGCCAUCUUUUGAAGAUUCAGGUUUUUAUUUUUUAUGUUGUUAUUGUAGUACGCAUACAAGUUGAAAAUAUAUUCAUUUUGCAAAUUUUGCACAGAUGACUAAGAAAGUGUCAGGGAUUGUUAAAUUUUUACGACGAGUCUCAAGUUUUUAUUGUAUGUAGAAUUGUUUUCAAACAUUAAUUAAAAUUACUACGACUUCAUCCAGCUGUAAAAGUAAUCUAAAAAAAUAGAAGAUCAGACAAACGUACUACAGAAUGGAGUAUUGCAGAUUAGUAAUGAUCUAUGUUAUUAUGGCAACUAUGCUGGGGAUGAACACAAACGUGUUCAGCGCUCAAAUCCGUACAGGACACUCUGGUAUUUCAACGCCACCACUUGCUGUAGCAAAUACGGUUCAAAUUCAGUGUGAAAGUGAGUUCAUUGUUGUCUCCAUAUCAACAGAACGAAACACUGAUUUCCAUGGCCUUGUAUAUCCCAGAGGAUUAUCAAAAAAUAGUUCCUGUUUGCAAGAAUUUCAGAAUCAACCAACACCAAUAAUAUAUCAUCUUCCACUGAGAUCCUGCAACACCAUGCCAUCAGAGCUCGAAGACGGAGGUAUUGAAUAUUUCAAUACAAUUGUCGUGCAGCCUCAUUUGAAGCUGAUCACGAAUCAAGGAAAAGGUUUUCAUGUUAGAUGUCGUUACCAGACUCGCGACAAACUCAUCUCAAAUGACCAAACACAUGCCGCAAAGCUUCAGUCACUCCCUCUUCAGGCGACUGCCCCAAUGCCAGGUUGCACCAUGAAAAUCUUUUCGAGUGAUCCAACAGGUUAUCAUGUUGCUGAGAAUGUAGAAAUUGGUGAUCCUUUAAGCCUUGUUAUAAGUAUUGACAAACAAGACAACUUUGGAUUAGAAGUUUCCGAUUGCAUUGUUCGGGAUGGUCUUGGAUGGGGUGAACAAAAACUAAUCAAUAACGAAGGUUGCCCAGUGGAUAGUGAAAUCAUGGGCCGAUUCACUUACAGUCAGGACAAAUCAGAAGCAAGAGUAAAUUUCCAAGCUCACAAAUUUCCUUAUACAGCAAGCGUGUAUUACCAAUGCAAUGUAAAACUUUGCACAAAUCAUAAUGGUGGCUGUUCAGAAGUGUUACCUUCAUGUAACGAAAUUCGAAAACGAAGACAAACAAGUGAACGAAUCUUAGAUGAAACAAAAGAUAGCCUCAGCCUUGAUGGUACACCAGCAACGAUUGAAGUUUAUAGUGGAUUAUAUGUGAACGAAGCAUCUGAUAUAAGUGGGAGAACGGAUUCAAAUAAUGAAGUAUCUCGUGAAAGAACUCUCAAUGAUGAUAGUAUUUGCAUCUCCCAACGGAGUUUUGCGAUUGGAAUAGCCAUUGCUGGACUCAUACUGAUGGCAGUGGUAAUAGUCGUUAUCGUUAUCCUUUUGUCAAGACGGCGACAUAAAAAUGUUUCCACUACCGGUUCAUCUAUUUACAGUGGACCAUAUACUAAUACCCUUUACAGUCAAAGUAGUUAAUGUAUUAGAUCAAAAUCCUUAUUUCUCAAGGUAGAUAAUUAUUCAUCAGCAAGAAUAAAUUUUUUAACUAAGCGCUAAUAAAACUUUUAAAUACUAGAUUACUAUCUUCUUGCUGUUCGAAAAAUGUACUGUGGGAACAAAAACUUAAAAUUGAAAAAAAAAAAUUCUCAUAAACACAACAAUCUUGAUUUGAUGAAACAUUUGUUAAAAUCGAUUAAAAAAUUAUAAUUCUUGAUAUUCAAUUAAAAUUAUGCAGAUUUCUUUUCAUUUUCACAAUAUUCUGUGAGAAAUUUUCUUCUCAAUGCAAGUGUCUUGUCUAAAAUAAACAAAUUUUUGAUUGAUUUGACCAAAAGUGUA